CACAAUUUUGAUUUUGAUGAGUGAUCAUGGUCAUCGAUUUGCAGAGAUCAGAAAUACAUUAGCAGGAAAACAAGAAGAACGUCUCCCGUUCUUCUCGUUCACAUUCCCUCCCUGGUUUAAACAAGUGUAUCCAACAGCCUAUGCCAACUUUGUCUACAACACUCGACAUUUAUCAACACCCUUCGAUGUGCACAAAACACUGCAGAAUAUUUUAAAACUGACAACUCCAAAGACGGGUGAUCUCAGUGAACGUGAUAUUAGUUUAUUUGAUAAGAUUCCAUUAGAAAGAACCUGUGCUGAUGCUUUCAUCGAGCCCCAUUGGUGUGCCUGCUUGGGAUGGGAGGAAUUAUCAACGAUGAAUUCCGCUGUCACAACUGCUGCCAAACAUUUCAUCAACUUUCUUAACUCAUAUACUGAAGAGCAUCGAGAUAUAUGUGAAAUAUUGAAGUUGGAUCAGAUCUUAUGGGCUGCAAAACUUAUUCCAACGAAUGGAUUACUGAAGUUCCAGCAAUCAGGGGAUAAAGACGGUUUCAUUGGUGACUUCAGUGCUCAAACUCGUCUAACAAAUGAAAUCUAUCAAUUAAAAGUAAGGACCCAACCUGGCGGUGGUCUCUUCGAGGCCAGUAUCGACCAUGACGUCGAAAAUAACAAGUUCAGUACAAAGAUAACUCACGUUAGCAGGAUAAACAAAUACGGAUCCCAGGCAAAAUGCGUGGAAAAUGAAUUCCCUCACUUACGAAAGUACUGCUGCUGCAAAGAUUGGACUCCAUCAUAGUAGGUGCUAUAAUUACUAGAAUAAAUUCAUUACUAACGGUGCAACAUUCCAGUGGUCCAACAUAAUAGUUCAUUUCGAAAAUAUUUCUGAAAGUUUGACCUUCGCAAAUGACUGUGGAGCGGUUUCCUUUUACAUUAUCAACUUUUGUAUAAAAAAGCCUAAAAUUGUACAUUCAUGAAAUUAAUUAUAGCACUAAUAAUUGUUCAUCACGUCUAUGUAAGGGUGGUAAACUGCAGUAAUGUAAAUAGCUACUCUCUUAGAAUUCAAAUUCUGGUCACACGUAGAUUUAGAGUCUACAUAUUCAUACUUUUUUCAUUUUCUUCCUCCAAAGAUAUUCCUCUAAUACUUUGUAAAUCUCUACAAACGACUUUUUGUUGUUUAUGUCACUCGGGCCGACUGUCGUGUAUUAUUAUGAAGCCUAGGCCGAUAAGGGCUGUUUAUGGAACUAUCUUGAGACUUUUAUUGUCCUGAGACUGUCAAAGCACGAGAUCAGUCGGGCCUCGUGGCAUACACUAGUAUUUCACAUCACAUGAUCUCAAAAACAUUAUUCUAAUACAUUUAAUCAUAAUCCGCGCCUUCAGCGUCUAGUGAUAUAAUCCACUAUUACCACUUCACUAUUGGGUAAUUAAUAAUUAUUCGAAAGUGCUGUGAUUAAGUGUAAUUUCAUGUGCCAAUUCCCUUUUCAUGACAAUUGCGAUAUCUUUUCGUUCCUCCUAGUUAAUUCAGGGCUGAGGGAAUAUGAGACUGCCAUUAUAUUUGUCUCGAUAGGUCGCCAGAAAUUCUAUAAAGUCAUUUUGGAAUGAGAGCAGCUAAAAAACAUUUCUAGAAAAGCGAGGUUUUCAUACUAUUAGUUAUUUGCAUCACUUGUUUUCAGGAAUUUACUUUAAUUAGACUUAAUUGAAAUAUUUGGCUUUAUGUUGUGGUUCUCGUUUAAAAGUCAUUGUCAUGUUGAUGUAACAUUCCUACAAUUUUGCCAUAAUACUGAAAUGCACAAAAAUCUUAAUUAAAGGAAACUUAUUGUAAGGAAACAUUUAUUGUGAAUCAAUUUUCAUUAUAAUUAAUAAAGGAAGAAUUAUUUUAGCAUUA